AUGGUGCAGGCCUAUUCCAUCGGAAAGCCAGGAGCCAAGUGGGAGCUGCCAGAGAGGCAGCUUUGGCUUGAAAAGCAAGCCGUCAAACGGUCCUACCAGGAAGAGGUCGUUUCCAAAGUCCAAAAGCUGGCGGAAGACUUCGAGGUGCUGCAGUACGGAGCACUCUCCUACGAUAAGGAAAGAUACCCUCUUCUUGCGCUCAAAACACACGGUUUCGGCAAGACUGGAAAGCCAACAGUUUUGAUCACCGGCGGUGUGCAUGGUUAUGAGACCAGCGGAGUGCAAGGCGCCCUAAGGUUUCUGGAGUCGCGGGCCAAAGACUACGCAGAGGAUUUCGACAUUUUAGUUGCCCCCUGCGUCAGCCCUUGGGGGUAUGAGACCAUCAACCGAUGGAACCCGAAUGCUGUGGACCCCAACCGGUCCUUCAAGAAGGAUACAGACUCUGAAGAGGCAGCUGCUAUCAUGAAGCUGGUCUCCAGCCUCGAAUCACCGGUGGUGAUGCAUUUAGAUCUUCACGAAACCACAGACACGGACGAAAGCGAGUUUCGCCCGGCACUGGCCGCUCGCGACGGAGUAGAGUACGUGCCAGAUGUCGUGCCAGACGGCUUCUACACCGUGGGCGACACGGAGAAUCCGCAGGAUGAUUUUCAGGCUGCUAUCAUCGACUCCGUGCGGAAGGUGACUCACAUAGCGCCUCCGGAUGGAAAGGGCCUGAUCAUUGGUGAGCCCAUUAGCCAAGAAGGCGUCAUCAACUACCCCCUGAAGUCUCUGGGACUCUGCAGUAGCAUGACCGACGCGAAGUUUGUGAGCACAACGGAAGUCUACCCGGACAGCCCAAAGGUCACAGACGCCGUGUGCAACGAGGCUCAGGUAGCUGCGGUGACGGGCGCGCUCGACUUUGUAAAGAAGAGCCUCUAA